GAAACGUGUGUUUAUGUUGUUCGCCGACAACAGACCAUCUUCCAAAUACGGCCAAUGGACCUAGAGCACUAAUCAUUUUCGAUCAUGACAGCCGCGUAGCAAGACCCCAAUUUUUUUUAACAGUUAUAGAGUAGUAGCUCCAGAAUUUUCGGAUGUAGGAAGAAUAUUCGCCAAAAGCUUCCGCUCGCGCGUGUCAGUGAUUUUUUGAGCAAGCAACAUCAACGAAAAGAUGCGUUUCUUGAGACUUGCUGUUUUCUUUGUCCUGUUGUCUUUGGCGUGGGCAGCCGAGGAUUACUACAAACUCUUGGGUAUUGAGAGAUCAGCUGAUCAAAGAGAAAUCAGAAAAGCAUUUAAAAAACUUGCUGUCACUGAACAUCCAGAUAAAAAGACUGAUGAUCCUGAUGCUCACGAAAAAUUUAUCAAGUUGACAACUGCUUAUGAAGUAUUGAAAGAUCCAGAGUUAAGAAAAAAGUAUGACUUGUGGGGUGAAGAAGGCUUGGAUAACAACAAGCGCCCGCAGUACCAAUCCUACACAUACUACCAAAACAAUUUUGGCAUUUAUGAUGAUGAUCCUCAAAUUGUAACAUUGAGUAGAACAGAUUACUAUGACAGCGUAGUUGAUUCAGAUAAAAUGUGGUUCAUCAAUUUUUAUUCACCUCAAUGUAGUCAUUGUCAUACUUUAGCCCCUGUGUGGAGAAAAAUAGCCAAAGCUCUUGAGGGGGUCAUUAGGAUUGGUGCUGUUAAUUGUGAAGACGAUUGGCAUUUGUGUAAUGAGAUUCAAAUUCGAUCUUAUCCUACUUUGAUGUGGUACCCAUCUAAAUCAAAGGAGCACUAUGGACAUAAAUAUAAUGAUGCCAAAGAUUAUGAAAAGUUAAUGAAGUUUGUCAUGAGUAAAGUAGAAACAAAAAUUAAAGAAUUGAAUGUUGAGGCAUGGAAAAAUCUUCAAAAUGGCAAUGAAACUAUCAAAAAACCAACAUUAGUAUUAAUUUGUAGAAAAGAUCAUUAUUGCUUUACAUGGGAUGAAAGAAAAAGGGUUGCUUCUAUUUUUGAUACCAUUGUUGAUGUAAAAGUUUUCAAUUGCAAGGAUGAUGAUUGCGGCAGCUUACUUACAGAUACUACUACUAAUGCUGUGUAUUUACCUGCUCAAACUACAUCAGAGUUUAAACCAGUGUUAUUUGAAGAACUUUAUGAAUUAGAAGAUUUAGUCAAAAAAGUUUUAGAUCAAUUACCAGAACCUAAAGAUAUCAGCGAAGAGAAAUUUUGGGAAAUAAAAAGUCAACUCGAAAAAAAGAGCAAUGGGGGAUGGUUAGUCUGUUUUUACAUUGGACAUGCAACAGAGUUUGAUGUUACCUUGAAAAAGCUUCCUACAUUAUUGAAAGAUGUUAAUUUAGCUAAAGUCAAUUGUGGGCGCUAUUCAUCGUUAUGUAAAAACCUCAAUAUCAACUACUAUCCUCUGUGGGGUGUUUUAAAGCCCGGUGGAGCGUUUGAAACAAGUCAUGGAAAAAGUAAUCUUAAUGAAGUGGCGAAUUUUGCCAAAAGUAGCAUGAAAGCUACAAAUCUAUGGGAUCUUUCCAAAGAUCAAAUAGACUCCAUAAUGAGCUCGGGUAGCAAUGAGCCUUGGUUUCUCGACUGGUAUGCUCCAUGGUGUCCUCCAUGUAUGAAAUUUCUACCCGAAUUUCGCAGAGCAUCGUUACAAUUCGAUCCUUCAGUAGUACGUUUUGGAACGAUUGACUGUACAAAACAUUCAGAUACAUGUAGACAGUAUAAUAUUAGAUCUUAUCCAACAGCAAUGCUUAUAAAUGGGACUACUACUACUUACUUCUCAGCAAACCAAAGAACCUGGUGGUACAUUACGGAAUUCAUUAAAGAAACGAUGAAUCCAACAGUUAUUCGUCUUACAUCCGAAAAUUUUGAGAAAAAAUUAGUCAAAAAGCUCAUACGGGACAUUUGGGUAGUCGACUAUUUCGCUCCUUGGUGUGGACCGUGCCGUCAAUUAGCUCCAGAAUGGAAUAAAGUAGCGAAAGCUUUAAAAGAAUUAAGUUUCGUAAAAAUUGCCAGUGUCGACUGCGAAGCUGACAGAACAUUAUGUCGAGAGCAAGCAGUUGAUAGCUAUCCAACAAUCAGGUUGUAUCCCAAGAACAGCGUAGGAACUAAGAAAGUCCUAGAGUACAGUGGAUCACGAGAUCACGUGUCAAUGCUCAAUUGGAUCACGAACUUUUUGCCCGUUGAAGUUCGUGAAAUAGAAGAUUGGCGACUGGACCAGGAAGUUCUCCAAUCGGACGAUGCAGUUUUAGUAGACUAUUAUGCGCCUUGGUGCAGUCAUUGCAUCUCUUUGGAGCCCCAAUUCGCCAUUGCCGCUCAAAUGUUGGAAGAUAAAGUACGUUUCGUCAAAGUCAAUUGUGAUAAUUAUCGGUUCGCUUGUAGAAAAGCUGAAAUACGAGGCUAUCCAAGUCUCAAGCUUUACGCAUUCGAAAAGGAUCGCAAGUCGUUGAGCGCUGGUUUGCGAUUGCAAGGCACGACGGCUGCGCAGAUCCGAGAUGAGGUGCUGAAUAUUCUUCCGGAAAAGUAUCUGGUGGAACAUGACGAGCUGUAACGCUAGUUUAUGAAUAGUUUAGGUGCCUUAGUUUAGGUAGCUAGCAAUCGAAUUUCCUUUUUUAGGAGGUCGUUAUCAUUCAUUUUUCUUGUCGCGCAACGAAACGAACAAAAUCAUGGAUGAAUGGUCCGUAGAGUAUAUCAGCGUAUUGAUUACGAAAAAUGACUUUUUGUUAUAAUUAUUUUUUUUAUGAUAAAGUAGACUGCGCGCUGAUGAAGCUUCACUCUUAGCUCUUGCUAUAAUUUUUGAAACUAUUUUUGAACGAUCACAAGUAGUUUUAUAUGAUAUGCGCAGGACUUGACCAAGUAUUUUUUAAUGAAAUUUUUUACGAAUCUCGCAAGACUGAGAAGGUGCAAGGAUCAAAUUUUUCUAUGUCUUUUAUUGCAAUUUUGUAAGAUUUAUAUUUUUCUACGUUAUUGUAUACACGUCUUUUUUACGAUUAUAUCAUCGAAUUUGUUUAUAUUGAUGUACACCAAAAGUUUUUGUAGGAUGGAUUUUUUCGACACGGCUUUGCGCAUCGGAGCAUAAUAAAAUAAUGAAAUCAUUUGUAUAUAUGAAAAAAAUUUUUGUCGCAUAAUGAAAAAUAUAUAUCAAUGCAU